AUGAUCGAGACAAAAACAAGACAUGUUGACUGGCCAUAUGUCGAUGAAGACACGUUUGCUCGGUUAUGUGAAUUUGCAUACUUUCGAAAUUACACACCCCCGAAGUUUCGCCUGAUCGAUGGAAAAUCCCCUUCCACCAAGGUCACAGAGAAGCCAAAGGAGAAGAGGAAACGCAAAAAGAGCCGUGCAGGCUUCUGGAACGAUAAUUCGAUAGAGCCUGCACCUGAGCCUGCAUAUGAACCUGAGCCUGAACCAGAGCCGGAACCCGAAGAGGCUGAGCCAGAGGCACCCCCAUCCGAAGACGCCUGCAACGAUCGGGAAAUUCCAUAUAAAGAGAGAAGCGUGUGGACGGGCCAAUUACGCGAUGCAUUUGAGCGGAGCCUAGUCGUUCCCAAUCCGCAAAAUCCUGACGUGAACGACACCUUCAUGCCACCCGAAAAUACCGGAUCCUGGGAAGACUUCACCCCAGUGCUUCUCGAACAAGCUCGACUAUAUGUGCUGGCUGACACAUAUUGCAUAGAAUCAUUGUGCCAGCUUGUACUCUCCAAGUUGUAUCAAACGUUGAAAAACUUCAAACUUUAUGAGACGAGUUUGAAUGGUAUCAUUGAGCUUGUUCGAUUAGUCUACAUUGAAGCACCACCAAAUCACGGUGAAAAAAUUAAUGGCUUGAGGAAUCUUGUAACGCGUUAUGUUGUUUCUGUUCUUGGUCAGAUUGGCGAGAAUGAAUGUUUCCGAGAAAUUUUAGCAGAAGGCGGUCCUUUCGUGAGUGAUUUUUGGCACAUCAUUUGGGGUCUCGAAGAAAAGUCAAGCGCCUGA